CGUCUCGAGCACGCUGAUUCCGUGUGAGAUCAAUACUUGCAGCUGCUAUCCUCCGCUGUCUAGCUGGCUGGAUCGCGAUUCCGAUAAACAGAUUAGUGUUUCAAGCUCCUUCUGAGCACUUGAACACCCCGCUCGCUCUUCAAGCGCCGUCGAAUCAUCCGUCACGACGGAACCGAUAAUACCUGUGAAGGCCAUAUAACCCGUCUCUUGUUCCCAGUCGUUGCUGUGGGACAGAUAUGCCUAAGAGCGUGACGACAAGACCGGUGUCGGAAUUUGAACUCGCCGCUGCUAUCAAGCCGGGUGAGGCAACAGAGUUCAAGUAAAUAAUUCAACGAAACCCAUAGCAUAGAAGCAGCCGAUUACAAUCGAUAGAUCGGAGCUUUCUGUCCAUCCCCCGUUCCUUCGAACCAGGUCCCCAGACACCGGGCCACAAUGGUUUGGGAACAACUCGACAUCGAUAAGCCCCAUGUGGCCUACAUGAUCUUAGGAGGCUUCACCAGCCUCUUCAUGUUGUGUUCGCUUUUCGUGAAAGAAAAGCUCUAUAUCGGUGAAGCCACCGUCGCCACGCUGUGUGGUAUCAUAUUUGGGCCCUACGCUGCUAAUCUGUUUACUCCUGAUUCAUGGGGCAAUGUGGAUAAGAUCACGCUAGAAUGCUCUCGUAUCGUUCUGGUCGUUCAAUGUUUUGCUGUAGGAGUCGAAUUGCCCAAGUCCUACAUGGAAAGACAUUGGAGGUCUGUCGCCCUUCUCCUCAUUCCCGUCAUGACAUGGGGCUGGCUCAUGACUAGCCUGUUCAUUUGGUGGUUGGUCCCUCCACUGUCAUGGCUUGAGAGUUUGGCAUGCGCUGCAUGUGUGACUGCUACCGAUCCUGUUUUGGCAUCCUCGGUUGUCGGUAAAGGUAAAUUCGCGAAGCGAGUGCCUAAACAUUUGAGAGACCUGUUAUCUGCGGAGUCAGGAUGCAACGAUGGCAUGGCUUUCCCAUUCAUUUAUCUCUCGCUCUAUAUCAUCAGGUAUCGUCCAGAUGCCAGUACAGUUAGUUUCCACUGGUUUUGCAACACAAUUCUGUACGAAUGUAUUUUUGGUGCCGUUUAUGGUUUCGUGAUCGGUUAUAUUGGUCGCCAUAUGAUCAAGCAAGCAGAGAAGAAAAACCUGAUCGAUCGUGAGAGCUUUUUGGUGUUCUAUUUCGUGUUGGCUCUAUUUUGCGCAGGCUCAGGCAGUCUCCUCGGUAUGGACGAUCUUUUGAUUGGAUUCGCAGCUGGAGUUGGUUUCAGUAAUGACGGAUGGUUUACUGAAAAGACAGAGGAGUCUCAUGUUUCCAACGUCAUCGAUUUGUUGCUCAAUCUGGCAUAUUUCGUCUAUUUUGGCUCGAUUAUCCCCUGGAGUUCGUACAACAUGCCCGCAAUUGGACUCUCACCAUGGAGACUCGUCGUCAUUGCAUUACUCGUCAUUUUCUUCCGACGCAUUCCAAUCAUGAUGAUUCUUAAACCCAUCAUACCAGACGUCAAAACAUGGCGAGAAGCCCUGUUUGCCGGUCAUUUUGGUCCCAUUGGUGUCGGAGCCAUCUUCGCGGCUAUUCUAGCUAGAGCCGAGCUAGAAAACGGCAGCACAGAGCCAGAAACUCAAGAUGCUCUUCCUAAGCCAGGCGAGACAAAUUAUUACUUGGUUCAAUUGAUUUGGCCUAUUACUACAUUCCUGGUAAUUGCGUCUAUAGUCGUCCACGGGUCCUCGAUUGCUGUUUUCACCCUCGGAAAACGUAUCAAUACAUUGACGAUCACAUUGUCGUACACUACAGCUAAUGAAGAUGGGCCUUCAUGGAUGAACCGUCUGCCUCGUGUCGCAUCAAUGUCAAAGAGCUCGGUAUCCUUGCGAAAAGCAGAAUCAUAUGAAGGAUCGAGUGGAGAGGCUCCGGAGUUUCCUCCUGGUACGCUGCCGCCUAUCGGUGCUCCUGGUACUUUCCUUCGACGUGUGCAAAAUGAGGAUGAGGAGGAUGGUCGUAGAGCGCCUAGUAUACGGUCAAGGAAACGCAGAAAGAGGCGUUCGAAGAAUGUAGGCGGUCCUAUCAGUCAAUCUGCCAUCACACCUGCAAGGCGUCGGGAAGCUACCCAGGUUACUGAGGAAAAUGUCGCCGAGGAAAAGGCUGAAAAGCCUGGUGAGUCCUCGCCAAUUAACCAGAAGGAACAGGAAGAAAGAGAUCGAAUCGAGCGCGAAAGCUCACCGCCACAGAGAGAACGUGACAGGUUCGGCCGAGAGCCGGAACUGGAGGUUUACCAAGAGGGCCAUAAGAUGAUCAUCGAGGACGCGGAAGGAAACGUCUUGAAAACUGAAGACAUCACUGGCGAGUCACCUGAGGAACAGAAACAGCACAUUAUUGAUGUACACAAGAAACUCAGGGCAGACAAGUCAGGCGAGUAUGCUAAGUCGAAGGGUCAGCCACAUAGCAAGACAGAAGGCGAAGAACUACAGAAAGAGGUUGAGGAUGUGGCUAGUCAGCAGUACCGAUCAAUGAAACAACGCUUUGGUCAAUGGGCUGGCUGGGGCAAGGAGAAGCCAGCAGAAGGAGAAGCAGGCCCAUCAAAGGCCAAAGCGAAACCUCCCCGUCAAUCUGCACAUGCCUAUCAAUUUGGAAAUACAAUCAUCGUCGAGGAUGAAGACGGUGAGGUCAUCAAGAAAUACACCAUUCCUACUGUACAGAAGCCUGAAGGUGUGGCUCCAGCAAAUGCUGCAGAGUCGCAAGUGCGGAAAGGCCUUACGCGAAUGGGAACUUGGGUCGGAAUGAAAGAAGGAGAAGCAUCGAAAGAUCCAGAAAAUGUUGCGGUUGGUGCAGAUGAUGAUGAUGAUGGCCUACGGUUCACUGUUGCUCAUGAUCCUGCUCUCGAGAAGCAAGGGGUAGGCGUAAAGGGAAGACGCAUGAGCAAACAAGAUUUCAUCAAAGAGAUCAGCAAAUUGGAUCCGCGAGCGCGUCGUAUGCUCGUCGAAGAGACCGAUGCUCCACAAAAUGUCAAGCAAGUGGCUCGUCAGGAAGCAAAGACACAAGAUAACAUUGAAAAGAGAAUAGCAGAGAACCCUAGUCAUUUCAUGAAUAUCCCUGAAGGUACUGACGCAGAAGAUUCCGAAGACGGAGAAAGCGACGGUACAGAUACAGAGUCUGGGCGUGACAUUCCUACUCAUGAUAUUGCUAGUACAUUGGCCAGGUAUUCGGACAAUGCCCAGGCACGUCGCCGACGUCUUGCUGGUGAGCCCGAUAACCCUACAGAGUAUUCAAUCGAGCAGGAAGAAGAUUCAGAAGACGAUGGCACAGAGCGUGUUCCGCCUUCAGCCAAACGGGCAGGAUUAGCAGCUCCUCAUCGAACUGCUUCUGCAAUCCGCGAUGACACUGGAGAGACGCCCGCAGAACGUAAGCGACGUCUUGCAGCUUUGGGUGAGAUCGAGGAUCAAGACGACGAGAACGACGACGAGGAUGCCGAAAUUGCCGGUGUGCCUCGCCAACCAAAGCCCGCAGUCGUUCGAGAGCCCAGUAGUGAAGACGACAGCGAAUCUCGAGCAGUCAGAGGAAGCAUCCAAUUCGCCGACGGCACCCGUCCUGCCAGGAAUACUGGCGAGACUACUGACAACGGCAACGGAAGGUCCUCGAGAAACGUUUAUGGUCACGGCAACCGCCAAAGAGUUUCCUGGGGCGGCGAACGGGGACGACAGUAAAUUGAGUUAUUUCUCUAUGCCUACGGAUAAACAUGAUGUCUAGAUCACACUAGUGUUCCUGGUGU